GAGCAGCUAAAGAGAUAGCGCUUCAUAAAGACCCUGCUUUAAGCUGGCAGAACCUUGGUCAUACUGCUUCAUUGAAGAUUGCUGUCCCUUGUCUGUUGCAAAGGAUCACAACACAACUUCAGAGGAUGCUGGUGUUGUGUGACUUUCCAAAGAAUUUAUAUGAAAAGUUUGUUAAUUUUUUUCAGUCCAUCUCACUUCCAUGUCACUGUUUUGGCUUCUCAAAUAGCUUGAAUGUUGUGCCGUGGGACCAUGUGUUACUGACCACUGUUCUAAAAGGCCAGAAUAUCACUGGUCAGAGAACACAGAAGGGAAGAAAAGUGUUUCUGUGGGAAGCACUCCCUGUUAUAGAGGCUCGAGUGGAGAAAUUGGUAGACAACAUGAACUAUAAAGAAGUUGUUCGCUACCUGAGAGCUGUGAAAUGCAAUGAUACCAAAGGGUUGAGAGACCUUCGAGAUAAAAUCCCGUUCUAUUUGUGUAAAACUGGAGGCUUCCUCGAUGCUGCGCAUUCGCUGCUGUUUCCCGUCAACAGCCUGGCCUGCUGCACUGCCUGCCGGAUAACACCGCUGCAGUUUGAGGCCUACCUGAAGAUGUUCAGGACAGGCAGCGUGCCUGCUGGGAAGGAUAUGCUAGACUCUGGGCCCUGGGUUACAGUUGGGCCUCCCUUGAAAGAUGGUGUUCUAAUUAAGCAGGCGCUCAAACUCCUUUACAGCAACGUGUUACUGUACAGGAAUCCUAAAUGCUGGAGUUCCCUCAUCAUGAUCUUGGGUAGCAGCAAUUUGCUGGAAAAAACUGGGCACCUACAUCCCCUGUCGCUGAAAGAGCCACCGCUGGAGUUCCAAAAGGGGGUGCUGGCAGCCAGUGGUGGCCUUUUGGAGGAGCUGAAGGCAAAAGUCAAUGUUCCUUUGCCACCUGCUCUGUUCUCUCCUCAUAAUAACUUUUGGGCUCUGAGGCUGUUACUGGACCACCUUUCCUAUGAAGAACACGUUCUCCAUGGCACUGUCAACCUGAUUUUGAGGGAUCUAAAUCGUCAGAAAGCAACAAUGCUGAAACUGUGGCAAAACCUUGGUCCCCAGUAUGUGGGUGAAUUCCUCUGCCUGUUCCUGACGUGCAGGCAUAAGAAGAUGCAGUCCAUUGGCCUCUUUGCUCUGAACAUUAUUAUGGAGAACCUGCACAUGAAAGCAUUGCAGGCCUUAGAGUGA